AUGCCUUUAUUAAAGUGUUGUGUUGGUGGCUGUGAUUCAACAAAUAACACUCACAGAUUGUUUUGCAUGCCUAUGAACCGUAAUUUACGCAACUUAUGGUUGUCGUUAUUAGUUCCGACGAAUCCUAAUUUACUUGGACUAACAGAGAACCAGUUACUGACGAAACGUGUUUGUGUAAGACAUUUUGACUCUACUCAAUUUGAUCAGGCUGGUGUCAGAAUACGCUAUUCCUAUCCUUGCUUAUUUACGGAUAUGGAAAUAGCCCAUGGCGUGCCUCUAGCAAAGGUUUGCAAAGUUUUGGAUGAACAUAAUUAUUGCCAAUACCAAAAUCAAGAUCAAAUUGAUCCAACAGGAGGACCAAUUACCAUGACAGGUAAUGUUUUCCAAGAACAUCAGUACUCACUUCCUUCGACUAGCAGUACAACUUCAAGAGUCCCUCAUCAAUUGCAAGGAGAUGUAUCUAUUGACUCUAUUCCUCAAAGUACUGCAUUUGAACAAGGAGAAUCCAAGAACACCACUCAAAUGACUGCAGAAAAGAACACAACACGGCAAUGUAUAAAAAAAUGUAUUAAAAUUGCUAUUGAUAGUUUGAAUCAAACAAAUACAGAAUGUUUGCAAAAUGCACAUAAAGAAGCUGAAAAUCAUGUGCUCUUAAAAAAUUUUGAAUAUCUUGAUAAGAAAUCCAAAGCAUUCUUGUUGAUGCAAUUAAAACUUGUAAAAAAAAAUAAAAAGGCACAAAGAUUUUCUAUAGAAGACAAAUUGUUUGCCCUUACUUUGAUGAAGCAAAGUCCAAAGGGUUAUAAACUUUUGGAAAAAUUGUUUAUUUUACCUAGCAAGAGGACACUGUCUCGACUCUCAAAUAGGAUUGAGUUUGAAUGUGGAGUUAAUAAAAAUAUUUUUGAGCAUAUUAAAAUUAAUAUAAAAGACUGGGACAUAAAGAAAAGACUUUGCUCAUUAAUAUUUGAUGAAGUUGCACUAACACCACGUCUUGCUUAUAAUGAGAGUAAAGAUAAGAUAUAUGGAGUAGUUGAAAUAGCAGGAGAAAGAAAGCUUAAAUUAGCCGACCAUGCUUUGGUGUUCAUGGUAAGAGGUAUAUGUUCUUCAUGGAGACAAAGCAUUGCAUAUUAUUUUUGUGAUGGAACAGUUUCUUCACCAGAAUUAUUAAAUAUUUUAAAGGAAAUUAUUCCUUUAUUGGUAGAAACUGGUCUAAAACCACUGGCACUUGUGAGUGAUCAAGGAUCUACAUUCAGGACAUGUUUCAAGAGUCUUAAAAAUUCAACUGCUCAACUUCGGGAAUUACAAGGAGUAAAACAUGAUGAUAGAAUUCUUAUAGCUGGACAUGAACUUUAUCUAUUCCAUGACCCGCCACAUCUACUGAAGAGUAUCCGUAACAAUUUUAUUACAAAAGAUAUCUUAUAUCAAGGAAAAGUAGCAUCAUGGAAAGAUAUUUUAUAUAUUUAUGACUUGGAUAGUAAAUCCGGUCAUACCAGGGCAAUACCAAAAUUGACAGCACAACAUGUGGAUCCAAAACAUAUUAAUAAAAUGAAAGUCAAAGUGGCCACCCAAGUGCUAAGUGCCCGUACAGCUGCAAUGCUUAACUAUACUCAUGCUCUCCAUGAACAGCUCAACAUGCCCAAGGAGACAAUGAAAGCGACAGCUCUGGUGGUGGAAUUUUUCGACGACCUAUUUGAUAGUGUAAACGGAUCCCCUGGUGUAUCAAAGGGUAAAUUAAGAUGUGCGGUGAAGCCUAAUUCACCUCACUUACAAUUUUGGAGGCAAUCAUUAAAAACUUUAAAAAAUAUAAAGUAUAUUGAUAACAGCAGCAAGUUUGCUAAAAAUGCUUUAAAAUCAAGACAUGUGCGCGUUCCCUGCCUAGAUGGAUGGAAUACUACUUUACAGGGUUUCCUGGGAUUAGCCAAAUUAUUAUUUUCACAAUUCGGGGUAGAAUAUUUUUACCCUAGGUUUAUAAAUCAAGAUCCCCUUGAAAAUUUUUUUGGACGUAUCAGAGCAGUUAAUUAUAGAAACGUAAAUCCCGACGUUACAACGUUUAUAUACGCUUAUAAGUCGUUAGUUUUGUCCAAUAUAUUGAGCCCACAUUCAAAAUAUUCCAAUUGUGAAGAAGAUAACGGUGAUACGUUGAUUGAUUCAAAUUAUUUAUUUAUAUCAAAUGAAAGUGAUAGGGAAAAUUUUCCUAUAAAUACAUAUUCUCAUGUAAUGCCGUCAACUUCGCAGAUUCCGCAAGGCGUAGAAAGUGAUCUAAAACAACAUGUAAUAGCUGAAAAAGUCAGGGUUCAGACGUCGGCAUACACAGCAGGAUAUAUUUGCAGGAAAAUAUCCAAAAAAAUUGAUUGUUUCAGAUGUCUAAACACCUAUACCACAAAAGAUAUUCAAGGAAUCCAUAUUUAUAUUAAAUAUAGAGAAUACAAAAGACUAAAAAAUAGUAAUUUGGCCUACCCCAAUGAGAAAAUGCUUAGGCUUUAUCGAGAUAAUUCUCAAAUAAUCCACGAUUAUUUAAAUAUAAAUUGCAUGAAAACUGAUAUAAAGAAAAAUAUUAAAAAUAUUAUAAUUGGAAAGUGCGACAUGUCUUGGUUGGGAUGUAAAAAGCACCAUAAAAUUGUAAUUAAUUAUUAUUUAACUUUGGUAAUUCGCCUUCAAUGCCAUAAUUGGUGCAAUAUUAUUAAUAAAAUUUUGAGUGGCAAAAUAGAAGAAAAAUAUGUAUCAAAAAUGCAAAAUGUCCAACAACUAGCACUGAAAAAAUGUAAAACCCAUAGGUUAAGGAAAACAACUCAAUAAAUGAUGUUCAUUAUGAUUUGUUCUUUUUUAAUUUGUUAAAUUUAAUAAAAUAAAAAAUAUUUACAAAGAUCCUAUAUUGAUAUUUUUGUAAUUUUAUCGAUCUCAACAUCACUAGCAUUAUCGAUAAUUUAUGCAUUUCAUUUCAAACACUAUUCAUAAUGACAGUUGUCAUUCUUCGUAAUGACAAGAAGAAGAAACAGCGAUAGUAGCGCCAAAACUAUUAUUGUAGGAACUACGCAAUUUAGACUGUCCUAUCUGUAGCUUGCUACAUAUUACUAAUCUGUGAAAGUACCUAUGUAUUAUAGACACAUAUUAUAAAGUUAUUUUAAUGAAGCAGAAGUCUUAUUAAUAUCUACUUAUUUACACACAAACAUGGUUGAUAUUAAUAAAUAUCUUGAGACUCAAUUAGCACUUGCGAAACAGAAAAGUGAAUUCAACAAUAGUAGAAGUAUUCCAUUAAUAUCGCAGAAGAGUAAAAGUGUUGCAGAAAUAAUAUCAAAAAAAGAAGAGAAACAGUUUAAGAAAAACAAAAGCGCCAAAUCCUAUAGUAAACCUCGUGCUAUACAGCCUAUCGAAAAACCAGACACUUUUGAAAGUAAAGAUUCGGACGAUGAAAGUGAGUAUAUACCAUCUUGCGAUGAAGAUGAAGAAAUAAAUUCACAACUAAUGUCAUCGUCCACGCGCACCAAAAACAACUUGAAGAAAAUAAUAGAUGAUGGAGCCAAAACAUUGUAUGAUAAAAGGAUAAAGGUUUGGAGAGAGAAAUUGGCAACGGCUCUGGAAAAUAAAAUCAUUGAUGUGCCUACCUCAGCAGAUAUACAAUAUAUUUUAGAAGGUAAUAAAGAUUUUGAUAAAGUAUAUGAACUUCAGAAUGGUCUUUGUGUGCCAAACUACAUUUGGAAACAAUUAUUCAAAUACCAAAAAACUGGAGUUAAAUGGCUUUGGGAAUUACAUCAAGUACAAUCUGGUGGCUUGCUUGGAGAUGAAAUGGGUUUGGGGAAAACAGUACAAAUUAUAGCAUUCCUAGCUGCACUUUCUAUUACAGAUUUUGGUUCUUGGGGUGGACUCGGUCCAUCUAUUAUUGUUGCCCCAGCAACAGUUAUUUAUCAGUGGGUCACACAUUUUCAUUUUUGGUGUCCCAGUUUAAGAGUUUCUGUUUUACACAAUUCUGGUUCUCAUAAUGGAGAUCAUAAUAAACUCAUUCGUGAUAUUAAUGAAUCUCAUGGUAUAUUGUUAAUAACAUAUGCAGGUAUAGUUAAGUACUCAAAUGAUUUACUGUCUCGUAAAUGGCAUUAUAUAAUUUUAGAUGAAGGACAUAAGAUAAGAAAUCCAGAAACUCAAAUAAGUAAACAUGUAAAAAAAUUUAAAACACCACACAAAUUACUAAUAACUGGAUCUCCAAUGCAAAAUAGUUUGCAAGAAUUAUGGUCUCUAUUUGACUUUAUGAGACCAGGUUUACUGGGUACAUACAACACAUUCAUGGAAUAUUUUGCAAAUCCUAUAACACAGGGGGGUUAUGCAAAUGCAACUGAAAUUCAAGAAGCAACAGCUUUGGAAAUAGCUAUAACAUUAAAAAGCAUUAUCACACCUUACAUGUUGAGAAGAACAAAAUCUGAAGUUCAAGAGUAUAUUAAGUUACCAGAGAAAAAUGAACAAGUACUGUUUUGUGCAUUAUCUCAAGAACAGCGAGAUUUGUAUAUGGGAUACCUUAUGGGAAGUACAGUAAGAAGUAUCCUAGAUAAAGAAUGUAGGUAUGGUGAUCCAUUAAGAGCUAGAGUAUUGGUUGCUCUUUCCACUCUUAGAAAAAUUUGUAACCAUCCAGAUUUAUAUCUGUAUGAAAUUCAAGAAGAUGAUGCACAAAUCUUAGAUGAAAAUUUUGGGCAUUGGAAAAGAUGUGGUAAAAUGACAGUAGUAAACUCUUUGUUAAAAAUAUGGCAAAAGCAAGGUCACCGAGCUUUAAUUUUUUCUCAGUCCAGAGUAAUGUUGUGCCUAUUAGAACAGUAUUUGCAAAGUCAAGACUUUAAAUAUUUAAAAAUGGAUGGGGGAGUUACUAUAAGUCAAAGGCAGAAUAUGAUUAAAACUUUUAAUGAAAAUACUGAGUAUUUAGUGUUUCUUUCAACAACAAGGGUUGGUGGCUUAGGUGUUAAUUUAACUGGUGCUGAUAGAGUCAUUAUAUAUGAUCCAGAUUGGAAUCCAGCAACAGACAAUCAGGCGAAAGAAAGGGCAUGGAGAAUAGGUCAACAAAGAAAUGUUACAGUUUACAGAUUAGUAUCAGCUGGUACAAUUGAAGAAAAAAUUUAUCAAAGACAAAUUUUUAAACAUUUUCUUAGUAAUAAGAUUCUCAUAGACCCUAAUCAGAAAAAUGUUCUUACAACUAGUACUUUGCAAGGUUUAUUUACAUUGGAUGAACCUAAUCCUGAAGGAGACACUGAAACAUCAUCACUUUUUAAAAACUCGAAAGUUUAUGCUAACAAAGGUAAAGAAAAAAAUUCCAGUACUGAGUCAAAAUCAGCAAUAUCCAAAAGAAAAAUGGAAGCAAUGAAAAAAAUGGCAAAAGAAAUAAGUAGAAGAAUAACAAAGAACAUAGAAGAAAAGUCAUGUUUAAUUCAAGAGGAUCCAAGAGAACGAUAUAAGAAAAAAAGAGAAAUGUUAAUUAAUCCUCCUAAAAUAGAAGAACCAGAAAUUAACAAGGUUGAUGACAAAGUUACAAAUGCGACAUUUGAAAGUAUCAUGUCUGAAUUGGAUAUUGUUAAUAUGCAUACAAAGGAAGAUUAUGAGAAAAAAUUGUUAGAAGAUGUUUUAAAUAAAGCAAAUGAUAAUAAUGAAGCAGAGUUAACAACUGAAUCAAGUUUUGCUAAUACUGAUAACAAAAAUGUGGGAAUCAAACAUGAUGAAAUGAAUGAAUUUGUCAAUCACUUAGAUCCUCCAGAACCUUCUUCUUCAAAAUCAGUUAAUGAUAAUGCUCUAUUAGAAAAAAAGGAUGAAAAAAGACCAAAGAAACGGAGUCCUUCUUCUGAAGCUGAAAUAGAAAGUUUAAUAGCAAUUAAAAAAGUUAAGCGAAAUAAAAGUAGAACAAAUAAAAAACAGAAAGAUGAUGAUGAUUAUGUCCUAAGUAAACUUUUUGCAAAAGCAUCUGUCAAGACAGCUUUGCAACAUGAUAUUGUAGUGGGACUAGCAGAAAAGGAAAAACGACAUAGAAUGAAAGAAGAAGCUACAAGAAAAGCUAAAAAGGCAUUAAGAGCCAUAAAGUUUUCAUGGAAAUAAUUGAAAUGAUGAAAAACAUUCAGUAAAUAUUAUUUUUAAAUAUAGGAAUAAAAGUAACAUUAAUUUAAUAUAUUAUUAUAAUUUUCUUCCCAUCAU